AUGAUAACUGAUGAACCGAAAGGGUCUUUGGCUGAGAUUGCUAUACGAGGUACAUUUCCUUUGCAUUUCUAUGAGGGAUUACAUGACCAAGUUAUAUCACUACCAGCCACUGAUGUGCCAUGUCCUGACCAGUUUGAUCUGACACAUACUGGUAGUGAAGUUCCAGAAGCAACGUUUACCUCGCCAGGUCUGUAAUGUAUUGCUGUAUUGAGCAUAGCCUUUGCUUAAGCUGACAAUAGGUGAAUUUAAAUUAGUUUGUGUUACAAAGGAGUAUAUAUGUCUUCUAAUUCAUUUUUCUGUCUAGUGCCAGAUGAUUUGACUUGUCAAAGAUAUAGCAUAUUGCACAUUGAGCCACAAUGCACCCAACAUGCCCUACUUAUUUUUUUACUUGUCUAAUGCCAGACGAUUUUACUCGUCAUUGGGGGAGCUCUACAGCUUAAUGGUUUAAUGACAUAGUUUAGUUAAUUAAUUAACUCAUUGAGAUGUCAGAGCUUUCCCUUUAUGAGCAAAACUGUGUAGUAUUAGACAGGUGCAAGCAAUUUCUAGGGGGUCCAAGGCACCAACCAUAUAUAAUGCUUUUGUUUACCUUUUAUAGUUCCACUUGGAAGGAAUAUGAUGCAAGAUUGUGUUGCUGUGGAGGAAUGCUACACAGCCUUAAACGAAGCUAUGCUAUCCUUGCAAGAUAAACUUGCAUCUAAUGCAACAGACCAAAAUUUCCUUCGAGGUGUCCUUAAGUUUGCGGAUAGAGUGAAAAAGAUGCCUAAAUCGAAGCUUACAACAAGUUUUCAUUGUUUUGGUUGCAGAAGGGUUUUAUAAUACCCGUCUCACUAACACAUCGAUUGUUAAAAAACGCAAAAGAGGAACAAUUGCUGUUCAACCAGAAGCUGUAAAACGUCGAAAG